AGCGCUUGAUUACGGCUUAUCUCUAACUUAUCGGCGCUCUCGGCGCUCUGCUAUGCCGUGUGUUUUUCCGGACCGGGUACGAACGUCUCUGCGGCCUUCCAGUUGAUGACAUGAUGCGAGAACAGCAGAGAGAGCACUUGUACAAGAUCCUCGUCAUCGGAGACCUGGGAACGGGCAAGACAAGCAUCAUCAAACGCUACGUCCAUCAAUUCUUCUCGCACCACUACAGGGCCACCAUCGGUGUUGACUUUGCCCUGAAGGUCAUCAACUGGGAUGAAAACACUCUUAUCAGGCUUCAACUAUGGGACAUUGCCGGGCAAGAGAGGUUCGGCAACAUGACCAGGGUCUACUAUAAGGAAGCAGUCGGCGCCUUUAUUGUGUUCGACGUCACGAGAUCUCAGACUUUCGAAGCUGUCAAAAAGUGGAAGAUGGAUCUGGACAGCAAGGUUCAGCAGCCGGAGGGCAACAGCAUUCCCUGUGUGCUCCUAGGCAAUAAGUGUGACAUGUCCAAGGAAGGCAUAGUCAACAGUUCCAGUGCAAUGAACGAGUUUUGCAAGGAAAACAACUUCGCGGGCUGGUUCCUCACGUCCGCGAAAGAAAACCUGAACAUCGACGAAGCUGCGCGGUUCCUCAUUAGUCAAAUACUUCGUACUCAGAAGGCCGUGAAUAUGGACGACUCCACCUCCGGGGCUGUGGCACUGGAUGGAGGAGUAGUGCCCGUAGCGCAGUCUGUGCCCCGCAAGAUGUGCUGCUGAGUGGAGGACAGCGCUGUCUUCGCUGUGGACAUUUCCUCGACACCGUUCUGCCAUUGGCUGCGCACAGUAGCCAUUCAGGACGACCUACAACUUGUCACGCCUAUUGCUGGGAGGGACACCCCUGUUUUCAUCCGAAACUGGACGCCCUUUUAAGCAGCCAUAAUCCUGGUGGCCAUUUUAAAUCGUUGAGCCCGACCUAAGAGACCAUCGAAGUGUGCGUGCCAUGCUGCCAAAUGUUUUAAAACCCGUAUAUUUUGCGGCUGUGAACACGUGUAUUUUUUGUUUUGUUUUUUAUGUGAAAUAUUUAAAAUGUGAAGUUAAUACUCAAGUCCUACUUCAGAGAGCUUGAUUGAUGACAACUCUACACGGCUCGUGGAAUGUAGAGAUGUAGUUUGAUUUGAGAUGCUCUGUUUUUAGGCGGAAAAUAAAGGCGGAACGUUUGAAAGCU